AUUCAUUCAUCAGAAGCUCAUCUGUUCCCUGCAGAGGAAUCCAGAAAGAUGGAAAUUGUUUUGAUUCGUUCUCUAUUCAUUUCGGCAAUUUUCAUCAUUCCCAUUGUGAUCUACUUUCUUCGUCAGAAACCCAGAAAAAAUGGCGAAGCUCGGACAUCACCACCUCCACCAGGCAGCACUGGUUGGCCUUUAAUUGGUGAAACUAUGGAAUAUCUUUCUACAACUAGGGAAGGCAUCCCUGAAAAAUUCAUAAAUGAUAGGAGGAAUAAAUACUCGUCCAAGCUAUUUAAGACGUCUUUGCUUGGCCAGCCUAUGGUUCUUUUAUGCAAUGCCGAAGGAAACAAAUUCGUUUUCUCCAAUGAGAACAGGCUUGUCUCGUCCUGGUGGCCUAGCUCUGUCGACAAAUUAUUUGACAGUCAAAAUGAAUCUAAAGGUGAAUUAGCCACGAAAAUGCGCAAAUUUGUCACUCCAGUUCUGAAGUCAGAUAUGCUCCGCAAGUAUGUAGAUGUUGUGGAUGCCAAGACAAGACAGCAUCUACAGAAUCAUUGGGAUGGCAAACAAGUAGUUGAAGUUCACCCUUUCGCCAAGGAUUUGACAUUUGUAUUAGCAUGUCGAUUGCUGUUGGGCAUUGAUGAUGAGGAAGCAAUUGCACAACUUCAAAAAUCAUUUGAGCACUUUUCAGCUGGGCUUCUUUCGUUGCCUAUAGAUCUUCCAGGGACGAAUUUCAGGCGCGCCAUUAAAGAGGCCAAGAAGCUUCGCGAGGAGUUUGAAGUUAUGAUUAAACAAUGGAAGGCUAAUCCUUCAAAAUCACAAGGCUUAUUGUCCCAACAUCUUAUUAACGAGGAGGGUCAAUCUUCAACUGAAUCUGAAAUCGCAACCAGGAUUUUAGCCUUGAUAAGUGCUUCUUAUGACAAUGUAAGCACGGCGAUUACUUUUGUCGUCAAGUAUCUAGCAGAGAUGCCCGAUGUAUAUGAAGCAGUCUUAAGAGAGCAACAGGAGAUUGCAAGAGCCAAAAGCUCGGAAGAGCUCUUGAAUUGGCAUGACGUACAAAAGAUGAGGUAUUCAUGGAAUGUGGCAAGCGAAGUGCUGAGACUCCAUCCACCAGCUAAUGGAGCUUUUAGAGAGGUCAUAGCCGAUUUCACUUAUGCUGGAUUUUCAAUUCCGAAAGGCUGGAAGCUGCAUUGGAAUGCAUUUGCAACGCAUAAAAGUCCAGAAUACUUCCCGGAUCCAGAAAAGUUUGACCCGUCAAGAUUUGACGGAAAUGGGAUAGUCCCUUACUCAUAUGUUCCAUUUGGAGGAGGAGCUCAUAUGUGCCCUGGAAAGGAGUAUGCCCGAAUUGCAAUACUUGUUUUGAUGCAUCAUGUGGUGAUCAAAUUCAAGUUAGAGAAAGUGUUUCCUGACGAGAAAAUCAUCGGUCUUCCAGUUUUGAGGCCAGCCAAAGGCCUACCAGUGCGCCUUAUUCCUAAUUAAAAAACUCUAAUUAUCCAUCUAAACAUCUAUCUAUCUAGAUAUAUAUUGGUUUUCUUCAGGACCUUCCCAAUCAAGCUAAAAGCUAUCUAUACAUUUAAAAAAAAAAAAAAGUUACUGCAUAUAAUCUCAAGUCCAUUUAGGACAGAGUUGAACAGAAAUGUUAAAUCUACACUCUUUUUUAGCUAUCACAAUUUAUAUAUCUUAUUGGAAAUACACAAUAAAUGGUUGAUUUUGUU